AUGGGGACCCUUUCGCCGGAUCUGGUGACGAUGUCAAAACCCAGCGCCGAAACACCGCGCGCCGAAACGCCGCCGGCCGGCGAGUCGCGCGCGCGCGACCGCGACGCCGUACGGCUUCGCUCGCGCUCGCGCCAGACAUGCCCGGUCCGCGGGCGCGCGCGCCUCCGACGCCGCACCGGUUCGCUCGCGCCCGCCAGAAUCCGCGCCCGCUCACGCCGCGACCCCCCGCGCAGCAUCACGAUCAUCAUCGCGUCCCUACUGACGUUGUUGGUAUACUACUUGGUCCUAGCCUACUAUUUCAUAGGGAAGCCCCAGAUUUUAUGUCCGCACGUCCCGGACGCGGAAGAGGCCCAGGCCAAGUCCGGCAAAGAGUGGCUCCAGGAGGGCCUCGCCAUCAAGGCCAAAAAGGUCUACAAGAACGGCGGCCUAGAUGUGGAGAUCGGUGUUCUGCGAGCGAAGAUGCUCAUGAGACUCUUCCUGAUGAUGAUCCCCGUCAUGUUUGGGGUCGCCUUAGCUUGGUCCCUGAUCGGCGUGACCGAGGCCGGUACCGCCAGAUUAGGUAUGUCGAACGUGCUAGCCAAAGACUUCGAAAAAAAGGGCCGGACGGACUCGAAAGCCAUCGAAUUGCGCAUCAGAUAUCUAGCGGUCCGGUUCUGGGUCGCGACCGUCGGUUCCUGGUUCUCGGUGAUCCUCAGUCUGUACGUCUGCGACAAGUGGGACGAGCGCAUAGGGCUGGCUCGACCGCCAGAAGGACCACGACGCGGGCGACUGGCCGGAGUCGGGCGCGUUCACGGGCGGCAAGCACGACCGCCACGACUCGUCCGACAACCUGAAGGCCUAG